UUACAAAAUGGGUCACCGUAAGGGGUCAAGUUCUCGUGAAAGACAGAUGCGACUGUGCUGCUGAUACACGGCGGCUGAAUACUUUUAUCACUUGAUAUUUUGUUUUGGCCGAAACUCUCUCGUUUAAUAUAUCAAACAACGUGUUUCAUCCAUGUUUGACUUCUGUGCGUGGAUGUGGAAUUCGGGCGCGAACCUUUGCUGACCACUGCGCAAAAGCUUGCACAGCUCUGCUGACCAUUUCUGCUACUCUCUCUUUCUCUCUCUCUGGGAAACUACAAAAACCUUCGCCCAUUCUCAAGCUGGGAAGGUGCUUUGUUGGGUCUUCUGCCGAACUCAAGAGCUACAGCAAGAAUUGGGAUUGACGGUUCUCCCAUCUCAAGUGUUCGCAGCGACGUAUACUGUACAGCAUCGGAAGUUCAUUUGCAUACGUUUAGAUGGUUGGUACAAGAGAAGCCCAAUUGAAUAUGGGGAAGCAAAACUUUGGGCUCACGAGGGGCAUUGUGACAGUGGUGAUCGGAGUCGUUGUGGCUAUUGCAUUUUCAGUCUUGAUGCCUGGAAAAACAGAGAAUAGGUGGACAUUCGGGGACUCUGGGGUUUGCCGCUUCCCGGCAAUUUACAACUUUGGCGAUUCGAAUUCCGACACCGGCGGUCGAUCGGCCGCGUUUUACCGGCUCCCUUCGCCUUAUGGGAACAGUUUCUUCGGUAAAUCAUCGGGCCGGUUCUCAGAUGGCCAAGUCGUUAUUGAUUUCAUAGCUGAGAAACUUGGUUUGCCAUUUGUAUCCGCGUAUUUGGACUCUGUAGGUUCUGAUUAUCGCCAUGGAGUGAAUUUUGCCACUGGAGGCUCUACUAUCCAGCCAAUUGACGGCAGAGGAUUUGACGCAAGAUUUAGCCCUAUUUCUCUCGAUGUACAGCUUAUGCAAUUCCAGCAGUUCAAGGCACGGACUAAUGAGCUAUUCAGUAACGGUGUCAAAAGCCAUCUUCCACUACCGGGUGACUUCUCCAAGGCUCUAUACACUCUUGACAUCGGUCAAAACGAUCUGCACUCCGGCUUUAAAUUUAUGACAGAAGAACAAGUGCAGGCCUCUAUUCCCAACAUCACACAUCGGUUUGCUUCAGUUGUUGAGAAGCUAUACCAAGAAGGGGCAAGAGCUUUCUGGAUACACAACACAGGUCCCAUCGGCUGCAUGCCCUUGACAGCCAGGCACAUUUCCGCCAUGCAGCCCGAUAAGGUGGACGAACUCGGCUGCGUGAAGUCGCACAAUGAAAUAGCUCAAGAAUUUAACAGGCUGCUCAAGGAGAGAGUCUCUGAUCUGAGAGCCAAACUCACCGAUGCAGUUCUCACUUAUGUCGACAUGUAUUCUGCGAAAUUCGUGCUGAUAAGCGAAGCGAAGCAGCAUGGUUUCACCGAUCCCCUUAGUUAUUGUUGUGGCCGUGACGGAGAUUACUUUGUACCGUGCGGGAUGAAAAUAGCAGUAGAUGGAGUUGAAGUUUCCGGGGAUUCUUGCAGCGAUCCUUCCCAACACAUAAGCUGGGACGGGAUUCACUACUCUCACGCCGCGAACCUUUGGAUAGCGAACAAAAUCCUGGACGGCUCUUUCUCCGAUCCCCCCGCCGCCAUAACGGAAGCAUGUCGAAAGGCCCUCUAGUCAUGUGUAUUACGUAUAAGUUAGAACAAGCGGUUCGCUCGCAUCCCUUCAAAGAGCGAAUCGAACUCCAUGUCUGUCUCAGAGGAGGCUCGAAAUCCCGAGCUCUCUCGGUGUCCUCGACGUACAUGGUUUCUCGGGUCGAAAUAGUCGAAUGAAACGGACCGCGUUCGCUUGCCUUUUGAUA